CUUCAUAACCUCAACUUUCCCACAAAUGAAAGCGUUCAAAUAGGCUUAUUUAAGAAAUGAAAGUGAUAUGGAAAUCGCGUAGUCCCUCCUCAAACACGAAACUGAGACCUUGAUUUGUGAGCGUGAAGUUUGGUUCUCUUAAUGAGGUGGAGAGCAGGAGCUGUACGGGAAUCCUCCUCUCAGACUCGCAUCACAGAGCACGAGAGAUGCCGACGUUGAGACCAACACACUGCUGGCUGUUCACUUUAAGCAACGCAGAACAUUCCUGCGCUCUCUCGUUUUUUUAAGCAAACCUUUUUCGUAGUUUUUCUUUUACAACCAAAUCGGCAUUCAACAUGACAGGACUGAAGUUGAAAGGUGCGCUGAUUUUGUGCGUCUUGUUGUUGCCGUUCUCUCUACCGAACAGCCAGGUGCUGGACUGUCGCGAAGUGCGCUCAUCUUUUCAGUUUUUGUACCCGGGGAUGAAAUGGACCCCAGAACAGCCGGUUUCAGGCUCAGAUCUGCAGGUGUGCCAGCCGAAAGGCCUGACCUGCUGUUCCCGCAAAAUGGAGGAGCGCUACCUGCUUAUUGCCAAACAGAAUAUGGAGUCCAGUCUCCAGGCUACCAGCGCUCAGCUGAAAGUUCUCAUCAUUCAAAAUGCUGCCAUUUUUCAAGAGGCCUUUGACAUGGUGCUUCGCCUGGGUCGUAAUUCCACUCUGAUGUUAAUAAAAGAAGAGUUUCCUGGUUUGGGACCUGGGGCCAGCGGAGCCGUCACGCAGCUGUUCGUGGACAUGUCGCUGUACAUCCUGGGCUCCGACGCCAACGUGAACGACAUGGUCUCUACCUUCUUCUCUCGCCUAUUUCCACUCACCUACCGGCGUCUCCUUGGCAACGGGGCAGUGACGGGCAUCUCUGAUGAAUGCCUGCGCGGGGCCUGGCGCGGAACCUCUGCGUUCGGGUCCUUUCCCAAGUUGAUGAUGACACGGCUUUCUCGCUCGCUCCUGGCCACCCGGGUCUUCCUGCAAGCACUGAACUUGGGCAUCGAAGUGGUCAACACCACUCAGCAUCUGAGGGCGGGCAGGGAUUGCGGGCGCUCUCUGCUGAAGCUGUGGUACUGCCCGCACUGUCAGGGGCUGUUGGAGGCCCGGCCGUGCCGUCCGCUUUGCGUCAGCACCAUGGGGGCUUGUCUGGGUGGAGCGGUAGAGGUGCAGCCUCACUGGAAGGCGUAUGUGGAUGAACUGGGAUCACUCGCUGCUACCAUGAAGGGGGAACAGGACAUUGAGGCUGUGGUGCUCAGACUACAUGUGGUUAUCAGACAGGCUCUUAAACAAGUUGUGGCGGCUAAAAGCAAAGUGAGCGCACAGGUGAACGGUAUGUGUGCGCACACGCCAUCCCGCGUGUCUCGCGCUGUGGCGAUGUUGAAAGAACACACAUCUGCCUCGUUGGUGCCCCAAAACCGCCCAUCUGUGAACUUUGACCCGGAUGAGACCCUCUUUGGACGGCGCAGGGAGUUUAUCUCUGGUCUGAGGGGCUUCAGUCAGUUCUACAGUGGACUCGGUGAGGCUCUGUGCAGUAAAGAGUCAACAGUACUCAACAGCUCCCUCUGCUGGAAUGGACAGGAGAUGACGGACAAGUUUCCUGGUCCAAGCCUGAAAAAAGUCCCUCACACUGCAGAAUCCAGACAAAAACCUCCUGAGCCCAUCAUAAGCCAGAUCAUAGACAAGCUCAAACACAUCAAUCAGCUUUUGCGAAUGGUGACGUUGCCCGGGAAGCGAUGGAAGGCUCGACCAGCGGGGGGCACCGCAAGAAGAGAUCCGGCCCGGCAGGGUCAGGCAGACGAGGACGAGGAGGGUCUAGAGAGUGGAGACUGCGAUGAUGAAGAUGAGUGUACUGGCGUUUCUGGACUUGGGCCACCCCCGAGACGCAAACGCCUGCGGAUUAUUGCAGACUUGGCAGAUAACUUGGCAAUUGACGAUUUGACGCUUCACGAGUUACUGCUGACUCCUCGAUUGGCCACAGACACCCACGGUGGAGCAUCUGUACCCGGAGCAGCACGGGCGGCGUGCCUUUCCAGUGGAACCUUCCUUUUUACCAUCAUCAUCUUUAUAAUUCUGGAUCUCCAGUGAUCUUCAAUCUUCUCUGAGCAUCUUUAAACUCAUUUAAUGAGAGUUUUAAAGAGACGUUACUGAUGCCCAUGUGUACAUACAACUCCAUGUUUCAGCCAAGGACAGGGGAACCUGUUUUUCUUCUCAAUCUCAAAUCUUACAUUAACUUUUUUACAUUUUUUGUGGAAUUGAGGAUUUAAGCAUAAUUUUAAUGCCCAGACUAUGACAGCUCCAUUCUUCUACAGCAUAAAGAGAACCUACUCUACGAAUACACAUAAGAAUCAUGUUCUUUCCCCUGUGUUUGUAUGCCACACAACAGCCAUGUGUUUUACAUUGAACAUGGCCUCCCCUCUGCUAUACACAUGCCGUUUUACACAAAGGCCAAAGCCUUCUGUAGGAAAAGGAGUUCAGUCUCUUUUAAAAAGACAAGGAGACACUGCUUUCGCGAGUGAAUGGGCAGUUAAAGGAGAAGUAACCGUGACCAGAGGAGUCUGGGAAUACAUACAAGUGCUCCAGCGGGCACAGGCUAUCGCCGACCGUCUCUCAUAUAUACACUUAUGUGAGCUUUUCCUCUGCCACUCAUUUCCUGUGCAGUAAAUGACGCUUGGAGUACUGCACAUCAAGGCAUCGGCAUGUUGUUGUGAAACCGUGUCCUUACAGGACGACACAGCUGUACUUAAUUUUCAAAAAAAAAAGAGAGAAGAUGCUUUUAAACUUUUUAUUAGAAUGCUGACUUUCUCUUUUCAUAAAUUGUGGUAUUUUAUAUUUGUCUUUGUUUUGAUGUAUCUCGUUAUCUUUUGGGCUGCCUCUUUUAUUCUUUAUUUUCAUCAAAUGUUUAAUUAGAAUGAUGUGGUUAAAUAGAAACUUCCUCUUUACUUCCUGUUUUUUCCUUCCAUCUUUCACAGGUCACCAUAGCAUUUGCAUCCAAGAAAAGAUGUCGAUGGCUUAAUAGAUCGGUGCAUGUCAAGUAUCUGACCAUUUAUCUUCAUAUGCAAAGGGCUAAACAUUUGGAUUCAGAUCAGAUUGCGCCUCUGAUCUUGCUUGGAAAACUUGCUGUUUACAAAUUGACACUUUUUUCUUUUAUAAGUAAAUUCAUUUCUGAUCUCUGUGGUUCGUAAAUGGAACCUAUGAUCUGAGGGAGUGUCUGAAACUCUGUUUUAACCCCAAGUUUGUCCUGGUUUCUUAUUUUUCUCAAUUACAUCCUACAAACUGUUCCCUUUUAUUUUAUUUUAAAUGAUUUGUGAAGAAUAGUUUUGUUUCGUUCUAAAGCUACUUCAAUAUUUAUUUGCCCGUGUGUUGAUGUUAAUUGUCCUGCUGUAAGAUUACAAGCAAAUUCUUGCAUUCCCUGGUAAUCCCUCGGUUUCAGCGGCAACGGAAGUUCACUUUGGGCCAGCCACGUGCGUCCGAUGAAAACCCAUGACCUUGGCUCUACAAACUGAGCUAAAACACAAGCUUUCUUGCACUAAUUAACUAUUCUGCAGCAUCCAGCCUUUUUAUUUUAGCAUGAUGGCCCGGUCUCUCCUAAAGAAAAAUGAACCAUGCUUUACAGUAUGACCAGAUCUCACAUGUUUUAUAUGUUUCAUAAGUUUUUGAGGCGGAUGUAGUGUUCGAUUCCCCCCCCCGCUUUUUGGCCAAAUAGCUAUGUGUUUGGUUUUAUAUGACUACAAAAUCUUUUCGCACAUUGCAGCUUGGUCAAUAUUAUGCUUCAUGCCAGGCUCCACUUCUAACUUCAUGAGGUUCAUCAACAAUAAUGCCUUCUUUUGUGCCACCCUCUACAACCGGCCAGUGAUAUACAGAGCUCUUGAUAUGGUUCACUGGCACCUUCACGUCGUUCUCAACUGAACCCUGCAGUUCCUUCACUGAUCACUGGCCUCUCUGUAGCUUCUCUCACAGGUCCCCUUGUUCAGAGUUUUGAACGACAGGCUUUUCUGGACAAUCUCUAGGUGGUUAGGUUUAGCCCCCACUUACUGAUGCACCGCUGGCACAUUCAAACACUUGGAUGAUGUUUGUAUCCUUUUGCUAAUUUAAACAUUUGUUUUGCGUUAUCUGUAAUCUCUCUGUAAUGCUCUUUUUGUCUUCAUUUUCACAGCUGUCCUUCAGAUUCACAGCCUAGAUAAUGAUCACUUAUCCAUGGGGUUUUAUCCAGAAGAUGUGGUAGUUAUUUUAAUGAGUCACAGGUAGAGGCCAAUUGUAAGUCAAUUGUGUGCUUGUUAGGGCAGUUCUUUCGCAUCUGUGUAAACUUAGAGCUUCUGCAAUACAGCAACUGAACAGUUGAACAUUUUUCUUUUCAUAAAAAUAGACAUUUUAGUUAAAAACAUUUCAGUUUCACAGCGUAGAAAUGAAAAAAUCUAUUUAGUAAUUCACCAAAAGGAUAGGUUAGGUAAAAGUCUGACAGAGAACUGUGUUUAAAGGGUAUUUAUAGUGACCUAUGUGAUAAAAACACCUGGCUGAAAGUAGUCACAAAUCUUUUUCUGUUUACACGUUAAGUUGAAGGCAUAUACACUUUACAAACAUACUGUUUGUGGUUUGAUGGACCGAUAUCAAAAUCUCAACUUAAAUAGUUUGCUUUCAAUACAGUAUGUAGUAAAUGAAUUACCGGUUAUGGAAUGUGUUUAGUAGCGUAAUUAAACUCUGAAUUCUGCAAUACUGUUUAUAUACUGGUGCUGAUUGCACAGUGGGGGAGCAUUCAAGGGCCAUUUGGCACAUCUGAGUAUAUUUGAGCUUGCCUUGAGCUGUUUAAUAUCCAGAGUACAGGGGGAGGGGGAAAAUGGAGCCCUUCAUUCACGUCAGGAUACAGUUACUCGAACCUCAUAUUAGUAAAGCAACUGUCCCGUCUCAGUACCUGCUUUUCUAUUAACCAGUGUACAGAAUGUUUAGUGGUCAAUACUCAUUUUCAAGGUCGAAGCUGUUAUUUCAGUGUAUCGAAUACUGUACAACCCAAAUGCUGUUUAUUUGUGACAAUAACGUACGUGUGUUAUAAUUUCAAGUUUUCAUGUAAAUAAUAAUCAAAUAAAAAUGUUAA